CAGAGACUCACACACCACCACCAUUAGACACCUGUCAGUGCAGGUGGAGAAAGUAACUGCUGGAUAUCGGAGCCUGCAGGUUUCACUGGAGGGCUCGUCUUUAACUCUUUGAGCAGACGAGAGGGACUUUGUUCAUUUGUGUUUUAUAUAAUGUUUGUGUUUUGGACAUAACUUGACUUCACACUGAAGGUUCAGUCUUGCUGUUGCCCGCCCGUGGAUGGACUCAAUGGUUACUGAAGCCCAACAUUCUCGUAUUCUUUGAGGAGUGAACUCUGUUGGAGGAGGCGCAUCCCGAAUCCCAUCCUCGAGGAGUUUGUUGUUGUUACUGCUGUUUCUGAGACGCCUCCAGCUGAGCUGCUAAUCAUGGCAGACUUCCCGUCCAAGGUUACCACGGAAACCAGCUCCCCCAACUCCCAGAGCUCUCAGCAGGGGGGCAACAGCCUCCGAGGGCUGGCCGCCAACGUCACCACGAUGCUGGACAUGUCCUUUAUCCGGAGCAUCCCGGCCAUCCUCAUGAUAACUGAAAUAUUUCUGGGGCUGCUCCACUGGGCGUUGAUCGCCAGCGCCCCCUACACGCUGUUGCCAGCGUACGGCUUUGUGAUGUUUGUGGCCGUCACCCUGUGGAUCCUCACCACCAUCCUCUUCUUCAUGAUCCUGUCCGGCGCCAAGCACAAACUCUCCUUCGUCCCCUGGCCCCUGACGAUGAUGGCGUAUCACGCCACGGCCGCAGUCCUCUAUCUGGCCGCCUUCCUGGCCAACGCAGCGUCCGUGCAACACUUCAUUGACUUUCCCUAUUACUACGGGCUUCUGGCAGCUGCCGCCUUCUUCGGUGCGUUGGUGACCGUGGCGUACGCUGCGAGUGCUUUCUUCUCCUACCUGGACUGGAAGGGAGACGGAGGGAACGCUGCCACCGACACGGUGCCGACCUAGGACUCAAACCUGGGAUGCCCAUCUCCUGUUGCUGUCGUUAUUUGGAUAUUCUACUCUUGAUACAUAUUACUGCUGACUGAUGACACACAUCCGGACCUCUUCUCAACCCCAGUAUUAAGAAUAGGAUGAAACCCUAAAUAUCUUCUAUGAUAUUUGUGGUCUUAUUACGACAGCACAAUAUUUCUUUAUGCGCCAGUCGCCUGCACUGAGGCCUCAAAUUCAGGCGUUCCUGAAAUAAUACAUUUAUUGAUACUAUUGUAAAUACGCAAAUAAAGCAGACAGUGCCUUAAAUUAUUGGUAAUCGCACCGCCUCUUGGCAUCAUAUAGUUACUACCACCUCCGGGUUGCAUUUAGAAUACACAAAACAUGCCUCACUGUGCACUUAAAGCAAUAAUUUUACAUUUCGGUGGAUUUGUAACUCUCACCUCCCGUGAUAGUUUGAUACCACUCUCAGGUCUGAAUGGUGAAUAUUAGCUGAGGCUAUGACGACUGGACACAAGGGGAACGGUGAGCUUGCUUGUUACCCAACUAUGAAGGACAUUAAGAUGCAAAACAUCAGAAUAUAUAUUUUAGGCCAUUUUUUUUUCAUAUGAGUAUAACACACUCUAUUAUUCCAACAGAUAUAAGAGCAUUGUGAAACCUGAUUUAUACAGUAGGGCCCAUUUUGAUGACCUCAACAUAUCAAGGUCCUGUCGUCCCUGUGGAUGUCGGCUUUGAGAGAAAGAGAUUAAACAACUUGGUCACAAGAAAUUACUCCAAAUUUGACAGCCUUGACAACUUUUCCUCCGGUGAGUGUUACCAUGAUGUGAUAUGCAUCACGGAGAAACAUGCAGAUUCAUAACUAUUGCAGUUGUGUGUUUAGUAUAUCCUGUUUACAGAGAGCGGUUGUUUCAUUGGUAACGCUGGUUGAGUGUCAGGGGAGGACCAUAUAUAUCAUAACAUAGUCGACUCCUGCUCGUGCGAUCUGUGACGCUCAGAUCAGGAAGUUGCUCUCAUACCUUAUCAUGGUCGUGCUGACGGUGUGAAGAAUGACUGAACAUGCUUGGUGUCUGUCCUGCAGAAAUCCAAUGUCUCCUCCCGGGUGCACAGGCUCACAUUGAAACAUAAGUCCUCCAUAGACCAAGCCAAAGCACUAAUGACGUUUGAACAUAUACUCUUAAUCUCACGCGUUAUUUAGAUGCAGGACAAAGUUUCAACUGUUGUCCCCAUCGAGCUGGGGGGAAAAGUGUGUCACAUAUUUCCUUUGAUUUAUAUGAUAAAGUACCCAACUCCUUUUGUAUGUGCCUUUAUGACAUGUGUCUUUUUGUACCAAGAAUUUGAAUACUUGAAAUCCUGUGGUGAGCGGCGGCUCAAAACCUGCAUUGUUCAAAUAAAGCAGUCGUGAUGUCAAUGUAA